UCCCUCUCACGCUGUCUCUCGCGUCCACAUCUCUUCAUUUCUCCGUCUGCCCAGCUUCUCUUCCUGCUUUUUUUGUCACAUCCCUUCAUUUUCUCCUCCUCCUUCCUCCGCCUCCUUUUUUUUGGUUGUUCAUCUGCGACAUGCUCCUCACGUGAAGUCCGCCAACUUACAGAGCACUGUGGAUGCCGAGUUAAAAAAUAAAAACAAGGCAAAUGCUCAAUCGGGGAAUAAGAGAAAAAACUACGCACUUUUGCAUCUUUCAUUGAGUGCCUUGGCUUGAACGGAGCAACAGUAUGGACCUGUCAUUUAUGACUGCGCAGAUUCCAGUUUUGAUGACGGGAGCCUUUAUGGACUCCUCGCCUAAUGACGACUACAGCGGCGAGCACUCGCUCUUCAACUCCUCAGCCAGCGUCCACGCCGCUGCCUCUGCAGCCUCGGUACACGGCCAGCAGGAUGAGUCACAGUCCAUGUCCAGCGAUGCCAUCUGGCUCUGGAUCGCCAUCUUCGCGACCAUCGGAAACAUUGUGGUGGUUGGCGUUGUCUACGCCUUCACUUUCUGAUAAACAUAUGCUUACAAAGACAAACACGCGCACACAUCCUGGAUCUCUGGAGCCCUGAGUGAGGCCACGCUUUGUAGACAGACACUCUUUCUCUAUGUCUCUCUCUCUUUCUCUCUCUCUCUCUCCCUCGCACUUGGCUUUUGGAUCAGUUUGAGUCCCCACAGGUGUGAAAGUUGUGAUACUAGACAAUGACACAUAGACUACUACACUUCUUCAUCAAAGGGGAAGACUGUGACUUGGCUGCAUUCGUCGGCACAGAAUGUUUUGGGAUGCUACAAGUGGAAGUUUGAAAAGAAGCUUUUGUGUUGGACAGCCCUUUAGUUAAAAACAGAAACAUCAGACCUGCACUCUCAACCAAGAAUUAAAGCUUCUUUUUUUUCCAGCUUGAUGUUGUUUCCGUGUUUCUCCUCAGACAACACCCACACUUAAAAUGCAGAGAUGAGAAUGGAGAUUAAAUGGGGCUUGAGAUUCAGGUUGAUCCAGGCCAUCUUAAACAUCCACCACAUAGCUGCUUAGCAAUUUAAGGCAGUGCUGUUUAAUUAUGCGGCUGAACAGACAUGGUGAAUGUUGAAACAUUUACAAAGUGCUGGGAUUAUUUCCAUGCCAGGCAGCCCUGAGGCCCAGGACAUUAGAGCUCAUUUAAGGACUAAUCUGUAGAUGAAACACUGAUCAUCAGUGUAUAUAGUAUCUAAACAAUUUUACUGACAGGAAACAAAGAAAAAAUGUUUAAAAUCUCAUACAAUUGGAAUAUCUACAUUGCUAACUCAAUUAUGCUAACUCAAUUAUACACCAUGGAUGAUGACUUUAUGAUUAGAUGAGAAGUGUAAAACUAAGUCAACCCCUUUUGAAAUGAAUGGUCUUAUUGUCAAAUACUUACAGUAAUAUUUACCAGGGAUUGUUAGAAAAUCUAAUUGUAAUGUCAUGGUCUGUUCAGUCAUGUUUAGAUAUUAUCUACAGAUGUUAGUGAAAUACAAUUAAAAGCACAAAUUGAAUCACAAGAUGACGUAGCCUACUUUCCCUACUCCACCUAAUUUUUGUGUGUGUUGUCCUUGUUUUCUUAAUGAAUUUCCAGAUGUGGAAAAUCAUAAAUGUAUGUGUUCCAAAGUAAUUUAACACUGAUCAGAUCUGCAGUGAACUGUGUGAUACAUGUAUACUAAUGUGAGUAGGGAAAGGAUGCCUCAUUCUGAAAUUAAAUGUCCUCAUAUAUCAUA